ACGUUACCUUGUCUUUCGUUUGGGAUUUUUAUUAGUGUCAGUGCACAGGAGUUCACCACAACCUUGUUUGAAAACUCCCCCGCCCUCACAGGCUUCUGUCAAAGCUGGAUUAAAUGACUGAGGGAAUCUUCCCUACCACAAAUGCUGUCUUCCUUUCAUUGCAUAAGAGCCAAGUAUUAGUCCUUAGAGAAGUGUUGAUAGCAUAGAGUGGAGAAGCUGCUGUUUGACUCCUUCCUUGCUGGAUCUUUGAUUUCAGGUGCACCAUAUAUUGAAGCUGGUCUAUAUGAAGGAUUCAAAGUGCAGCAUGUUUUUUGUCCUGUUGCCCUUGACUCUGCUGGAAGCGUGAAGGAGAUGAUGAAGAAGGCUGUCUGGUUGGUGUAUUAGCUCUUGGGCACACACACCUGGUCUGAAAACAACUGGCAUCUGAAACAGCUGAGACUUGCUGGAGGCAACCUCCUUGACCUGCGGAUGCUGUGAACCAGGAGCUGACCAAAAAGUGGGAGAACUCCAGGAAUUCCUUCUUGGCAAAGAGUGCCUGCUCAGGUGUGUGCAGAAGAAUGGCUGCGGCAGAACCUCUGACCGCUUUCUCCCGAUGGUACCUCUACGCCAUUCAUGGCUAUUUCUGUGAGGUGAUGUUCACAGCUGCCUGGGAGUUUGUGGUCAACUUUAACUGGAAGUUCCCAGGUGUUACCAGUGUGUGGGCGCUCUUCAUCUAUGGCACCUCCAUCCUUAUUGUGGAGAAGAUGUAUCUAUAUCUCAAAGACAAGUGUAACAUUUUAGUGCGCUGCUUCAUUUACACACUUUGGACAUACCUCUGGGAGUUCACCACCGGCCUCAUCCUACGCCAGUUCAAUGCCUGCCCAUGGGACUAUUCCCAGUUUGAUUUUGACUUCAUGGGCCUGAUCACCCUGGAGUAUGCCAUCCCAUGGUUUUGUGCUUCUUUCAUCAUGGAGCAGCUGGUGAUCAGAAACACCCUGCGCUUACGAUUUGAUGAGACUGCUGAGCCAGGGGCCCCCACUGUCCCUGUUGCCUUGGCCAAUGGCCAUGUGAAGACUGAUUGAGCAGUGACUCAGAACUGCACUUAGCAAUCUGAGAGAGCCCAGACCUCUGCCACAGACUUGUCAGCUCUAGUUUUGAGGUACUGCACCUUGCUGUAUGAUAAGAUUCAUAAAUCCCAUUUUUCUAAUGGGGAUGUGCAUGGGAUAUACCAGAAAAAAAUGGAACAAAGAGAUUUUCUAUGGAUUUACUCUUUGGGCUCCAAGGACCAAUAUCAGCUACUUGUUAGUUAGGUCACUUCUGAUUUUAACUUAUUACAGAUGAAAGCAGUCCUUUUGCUUACACUUUUAUGUGGAGAAAGAAGAAAAAGAAAUACUUUGGUGGAAACGCAUCCAAAAAGGAAAAAACCUAAUUAGCGGAUGGGCAUGGACACUCCAGCUACAUUAGUGAUUGGCUUACUCCAUUAGGCAAUAUUCAGGUGCUUGCUUGCAACCAAUACCUCCUGUGGGACCUGAGAUGCUGCAGGAACAAGGAAAAUCCAUCUGCUGUUGAGAAGAAUUGAAGACUGUCAGUCUGCUGGGGGAGGUAGAUGGUGUUCCCCUUGCAAGGUCCCAUUCGCCUCUCACCAGGUUCUUUGUUGCACCGUGAUAAAGUCUGGUGCUGGACAUCUUGCUGAAUUUAUAUAGAUCUUGUACUUUUUGGAAUCUCAGUCCUGAUACUAGAAAUUUUUUCCUUUUCCUGGUUUUUUUCUUC